GUUUCGUCCUCGACCAUCAUGAGCCUGCCAGCUGCAGCGUGUCCAACGCCACCAGAAAUCGAAGGAUACCUAUACAAGAUGAAGCGCAAGUCUGGGAUCAACCUAACGGGUAGCUGGAACAAGCGUUGGUUCUACGUGGACUCGAAGCGGAAGGAGUUUGGGUACGCUGCGUCCAACACACAGCCCAUCAUGAAGAACUCCAUAUUUCUAGACGAUAUCACGGCCAUCGUUGUCUUCGACGACUAUUGCUUCCAAGUGGAGUCGAAGCACCGGAAAUUCUUUCUCAAAGGUGAGAGCAAAGCCGGCGCGGCGGUGUGGGUCAAGACGCUCGAAGCGUACCGGUCGCAGUUUGUCGCGUACGAGAAGUACGUGGCGUCGACGCCGAUUCACACGACGCCACCGCCAAAAGCAGCAGCAGCCGAGUCCAAGUCCAACAAUGGCAGCUUUAGCAAAUCGACACCGUCGUCGUUGCCAUCGCAAACUCCUGCGGAGGCCAAGAAGGACAAGGCGGCGGCGCGCAAGACCAACCAGCGUGCUGACGAAAAGCAGAGCCAGCGGAGGGCGAAGGAGGCAAAGACAUCUGACUCGUGUGACCACAGCACGCCCGUGCAGGCUUGGAGCUUGGACGACGACGACGACGACCAGGACGUCAUGGACAUCAAUUAACUUUACUAUAUCUACGUUUCUUCUUCGUUGGACAGGUUUUCUUUUUCGUCACCACUUGACGCGUCAUCAUCACUGUUGUCAUCAUUGUCGUCACCCUCGUUGUCAUCCUGCGGUGGGGUCGUUGGAGGGGCCGCUACUGGCGGGGACGGAACUGGCGGCGGCGCCACAACAUCCUCGGGCAGCCUGGCUUUGUUCCGCCACACCGUCCACCGCUGCCUGACAAAGCGCAUGGCCAUCCCUUGUGCAAACCACUCCUUGUCUGUGUUGGACAGGGUGCCGCAGUCCUUGGACCGAGCUCGCAGUCGCGCGUACUCGUACUUGUACCAGCUGCAGAACUCGCCCACGUCAACGUCGCCAGACUUGUCGCUGUCCAUCAUGUCCACAACAUCGUUCAACUCGUCUACUUGGAGGGGGAUGCGCAGCUUUUGCAUCAUUGUUUUCGCAUCGUCCCUGGUACAUAUUUUAACCCCACAUGAGCAUGUAUAGCACAUUGACGAUUCAAUUCAAGGUCG